GGCAGGCGCGUGUCCGUGGCGGGGCGGCUGCGAGUGCGCGGCCAUGUGCGCCUAGCGCGUGCCGCCCUGGGUCGCGGGCCGCGGCUCCAGCCGGGCAAAGUGAAUAGAGCAUCGGAGACUCUACAUCAGGCUCCUAUGUAAGGAAAAGAUUGUGAUCAUUCGCCAUGGCAUAUGGCUUGCCAAGAAGGAACACAGUGCAGACCAUUUUGAAGGGCAGCUGUUAUAAAGUACAGGAACCAUGGGACCUUGCACAGCUCACAAAGACCUGGUACACAAACUUAACGAACAUCAGGUUGCCGUUUUUGGGAGAAAUUGCAUUUGGUAGUCCCAUAAAGCUAGCAACAUGCAAAACCAUCAAGGGUGGCCUGCUCCCUUCAGCACAAUCCAUCAAAGUUGAAAACGAGUGUGAAAUGAAGCGCCUAACCAAGCUGAAGUGUCAGGAGAAGGCUCGUGAGGAGAUCCAGGUGGCACUAAGGCAACAGAGAAUCGGCUUGAGAAGACCGCUUCAACCCAAGUGACCCGCUGUGCUGUUAAAUCUGAACCUGUUUCCGGCAUCCACAGGGAUGGAG